AGCAGAUCUGAUCAUGAUGAUCAAUAAGCGCAUAUUUAUCGAUGAGAUACAACCUGCUUUUUUUUGGUAUCUAGCUCUAACACUAAGUACUCCAUGUCAUCUUCCUUACCUAACAUGCGCUAAUUGCCCUCCCCGCAGAAGAUAUCACGACUUCUUUUUCUUUUUUUGCACAGUUUCGCAGCCCUGGAGGGCAUUAGCAAGAUGUAGUCUGCUUAGAAGUUUCUCUUCGUUAUCCAACAAAAUGACGGGUGCGGUGGUAGGUGCUGGGGCUCCCGAGCACGAUGAAGACCAUCUCCUCGAAGAUGAAAGUCCUCUGAACCAAGAGACCUUGUUCCAGCUCAUCCAAGAAGAGCAGCGCCUGCAUCUUCAACCAAAUGGAAAAGACGAGGACGGCAGUCAAGAUGCUGGACAAGGUAGCAAACAAGCUCAGGCGAAUUCCAAAGCCCCUCCUGAGAUUCCACUAUGGAAACAGGAGUUGAUCACACGAUUGACCAAGCAACGGCAGGAUCUAUUCGUAAACCUUGAGGCUUCGCUUUUCGAUGACCAGCACCAGAAUGCUGCAAAGACAUCUUCAAGGACACCUUCAUCUUCUUUGCACGUGGUACGAAAGGUUCCUGAGCUCUACACCUGGGGGGAAGGAUGUAAUGGCCAACUCGGAUACUUGAAAAACUCGUUCCAACAAAACCCGAAGCGUGUCGACAAACUACCUACUGGAAUACAAACAUGGACGGGUAGCAGAUAUCAUACUGUAGUCGUGGUUAGUGGGCAAACUGAUGGCGUCGAGAAGCUACUGCUGAACACUGGUGCACGAUCACAUCAGAGGAACAGCGCAAGCACGCGUGGUGGAAAAAUGCCAAUGACAAUGACUUUUAGUGAUCGAUUAUACUCUUGGGGCACUCAGUCAGCGAGAUUUCCGCGACUCGGUAGAGCUGAAGGCACAUCAGAUGAAAUCCCUGGUCCUCUCUCCAUCCCUGCGACGCUCAACAGCCGUUUCACAGUACGUCGUCUCUCGUGUGGUCGGGAUCAUACAUUGAUUUUAGCACAGGUUGCAUCAGCCUCUGCGUUUGCACUGACGCUUUUCGGCUUCGGCAGUAACGAGCACGGGCAACUUCUGUUUUCACCUGCCAAGCGACCAGUAGUGCCGGAAAUCACAGUACUGCCUUUCGAAUCGAAGAUGACUGCUAAUAUUGCACCAGGGAGUGUGGUCCCGCCGGGAGACGGCGUGGAUUCUCAAGUUGUUCAAGACCAACAUCUUGAUGCUGGUGCUACUUCUGUUUGCAUAGCCGACGCAGCGUGUGGCACUUUCCAUAGUGUCAUAGUCGUGCAGGAGCGAUUGGAUAGUCGUGAAGAAGCGAGGAGAAAGAAACAACCUGGAAGUACGUUAUUUUCAACUACAGCAAAGACAGCUUCUUCUGAAGGCGCAGAUCAUGCUCGAGUGAAAGUACGAGGAAACGUUUAUCAAUUUGGAGUGUUUGCGCCUCCCUCGAUCUCCAAUUGCUCAACUGCGAAAGCUAACAGGACCAACAAUUUGGCAAUGGCGCCAUGUCCCAGACUCACGCAUUUACCUGAGAUGGACGCGCCACCCAAGAAUCCUUUUCAUCUUGGACGUAGGGUUUCUCAUGACCGUAAGCUGUUCUAUUCACUGGAGAUCGAAGGCAACACUACAGUUCUGAGGCAACCGAACCAUUCACUUAUCGCUUCAACGUGGGAUCACAGUGCUGGUGUUAUUUCUCGUCGGCAAGUGAUGUUUGAUCUUUCAUCUUCGUCUUCAGUUUUGCUGGAGGGAUCGGGAGGAGCUACGAAUGGCAGUACGAGUAGCUCAAGAACAAUGUUAUGCGGAGGAGAUGCAGAUGACUCAGCUCCACAGUAUCGCAAUAAGCAUCAAUUCUACAUGGACGAUGAGUGGCAGAUCAAGAUGCGACGACCGGAAGCGCUGAAAGUGACACUUCGUAGGGGAAGACUCAUUGUCAUCGACACGUUUCAUCGACUCUGGAUUGGACACAUUAAUGGUGAUGAUCCUGCUGCUGGGUCGUUUUCCAACUCGUCUUCAUCUACUACUUCUGCGUCUACUAGUAGCACGACUUCUAGUACUUCUACGUACAACCAACAAGAGCCAGUGACGAUGCGCCACUUUUUGAGCAACGUCUCCGAUGCGUGCUACGUUGGAUCCAAGACUCCGACUUCGAGUUCCACAACAUCCGCGGCCACCGAGCAAGAGGAGUUCCUGGUGGUUGUUCGCGGUAUUGGCGAGGACAAGGACACGAAUACCCACGAAGAGAAUGUUGGACAAGACCAAGCUGACGAACAAGACGGUGAGGCUGCUGCUACUGGCGAUCACGAUACCGAAGAGCGCUUCGAUGAUAAUGUCGCCCAUGGGGGUGGCAAUACUGCGAGUGAAACAGAGGCUUCGCAGCAGGUUAGCAAGCUCAAGACAUUCGGUUUGCCAACAGAAGCGAAACUUGUUCGAGUUGUGAUAUCUGUGGCAACUCCUGGUUCAAAAGAUGCGUCAACGAAGUCACCACGGGAUGAUGAUGGAGGUUUCACCUCGGUCGUUUCCAGCAAGAAAAACAAAAACAACACGUCCUCCUCCUCCAUGACUUGCAAAACAGUUUUAACAGCUCCAAGUUCUUCCUCCUCUUCAACUGCGAACUCGUCCAAGACCAAGAUGAUUUUCAGCCUUCAUGAUUUCGAGAUCUGUCCCUUCGCCAACAACUACUCCAGCAGUCGUAGAUACUAUCCAACUCGCAUGCUUGGAUUACCACAUAGCGUCGAUUUUGGACAUGAAGCUGGUGUUGGCAGGAUGGUGUUAAGCUUUUACCGACCAAGUAUCAACCAUCACAUCGAUGCAACGCAAGACCGAUGGACCGAGUCACUACAAGGGGGUUACGAACACCUCUAUUCUUCUUCACCUUCUAGGCAUCCCACAAUUUCCGGUUUCGGCAUGCGCGGCAUGGAUCAUCUGCCACCACUUGAAGAGGAUUUUCAGAUUCCUAUACCGUCAUUUUCUACAUCCUCGAGUUCAACGGCAUUACCUGUGAGUCCGACUUAUGCAACGUUGACCUCGGCCUUUCCUCAGCGACCACCUUUUCCAGCAGAUGACAUCACCAUACCUGUCCCCACCUUCGCGACUGCGACAGCAGCAGCAACACACCCACUAGACAUCACACCGAUAUCAGCACCACCACAGCCUGACUCGUCGGACGAUUCAGAAAACGGAACGAAGCAGAACUCUCCCGCAUCAAGUUCCCCUUCUAGUCCCUCUACUAGCAAGAAAAGGAAAAGACGGCCACCUUCUCUUGUUUUCUUGUGCGAAGUUGCGAUCAUGCGACAAAUCACACCUCGAAACGCUCUGGACACUCUAGACUACGCCUUAGGGCAUGAUCUAGGUCUGCUUUGGAACUAUUGUCUACGGAUUCUCUUCUGGAAUCUCAGAGACGUACAGCUCUUGCACGAAGCUUCUGACGGUCCUCUUGCUGAGAGUUACGUUGGAGCUUUGAUGCUGGCUUGGCUAGAAAACGGUCAAUUCGUUGGGCGCAGGGAUCCUGUGCUGUUGGAGAUAUUUGAAGCAUUUCAGGCGGGUGAAGAUUUCCAUAACACACACCCAGCAAUGGAGUAUACAUUGAAGGUGUGGGCGGCGGGCACAGAAGGAGUUCAUCUUUUUCCUGUUUCUCCUGGUACGAUGACGAGUUACAACAACAUGAUACCUUCGACCAACACUUUGGUGCAGCCUGGUUCUUCCGCUAGUGCUGCUUCCUCCUCCUGUGCGGUUCUCCCUGUUUCUCCACAGCUGCAGACACGCUCCUCGAGAAAGAAUUCUACUGCUACGUCAGUUUCUCCGAUUUCACCCCCUGACCUAGGAGAUGCUGGCUCUUCCAGCAAUGUGUCCUUUCAGCACCUACUUCAGGCAGCGUACAUCAGGGAAGUUGAGUUUUUCGCUCAGCGUCUUGGGAUUUCUCGUUGUCGCUUAGAUAGUGGCCGCAUGGAUAUGGAGACAUUCGCCGCUACCAAAUUUCUGAAGAAUAUACUGGAAGAAGGACGUGCACGUACUAGUUUGAAUGAACAAGAGCAGCGUCCUUCGUCUCCUAUUCCCGGGGGACAAGUUUCUACCAAUAGCUUGGGUAAAAAUGUCGUUUCUCCAGUGCUAGCAACGCGUGAUGUCAAAUCUGCAGACGACAGUAACGCGACAAAGCAAGGACAACUACAAUCCAAAAAAGUGAAGAGGAAGAAGUCUAGGCAACUGCACAAACAACCAAGCUUUCUGGGUGGGCAGCCUCAGCUAGAUGCAGCUGGGACUGUUGAUAAGGAUACGCAGGAAGAUGCUGAUAGACAACUUGCACUGAGUAUAGCGAAUGCAGAGGAAAACAAUGAUGAAGCUUUUUUGAUGAGUAACGAUACAACAGCUGGAGCUGGAAGAAAUCAAGCAAAAGCUGCAUCCUCUUCAUCUACUUCGACGGCAUUACCCUCAUGGAGCUCAUCGCUGUUUAAGAAGAAGAGCUUAUUCUUGUCUGGCGGUCCAACUCCACCAAAUUCGUCUUCAUCAUCUGCAUAUCCACACGACGUUCAUUUUGGGCAAGGAAGUGAUAUUGAUGAUACCGCAGAAUCCAACGGAGCAGAUUGGACGGCCGUUCCUUCACAUGGUUCUAAGAGAAAAAGCGGCUCUGGUGGUCGCAAAUCUGAAAUUCCGAAAUCGGAAGUUGUAUCUUCAUCUGCAAGUUCUACUAGUACUAGCAUUGUAGUCAUCAACGGCAAUGGGACCACGUCGUUGAGUAAGGAAAAUACUGCAGCUUCUUCGGUCUUAAACGGUGCUUCUGAUCAGAACACGAAUAAGCUAGUCCUGGGGGAUUACGUGGUCUCAAAGCCACCACCCAGCCGGUCGCGGGCGUCAACAACUACUAGUAUGGUAACACCAUCAGCUGGUGGCGCCGGCGCAAGCUCGUCUAUAUCAGUAAAAAACGGACCGGGGCCUCCAUCGUCGGGAACUUUUAGCAAAAAUUCUCUACCACUUUGGGACAUGGCUCCCAGCAGCUCGACAUCCUCCGCCAACCCACCCUCCGCGAUGUCACUGCAAGAAAUUUUCCAAGAGGAAGAAGGUGCAAAACGUGCUAAAGAGCUCGAAAGAGCGAAGCGACAGGAAAGGAUGAAAGGCAUUGUUACCAAGAAUUCAUCUGCCGCAACCGGGGCUGCAGGAUCUUCUAGCACAAGUAGUGUUGUAGCAGAUCCAGCAAGACACUCAGGUUCGGGAAGCACUGGUACCAGUAUAGCGAACAAUACGAUGAACAUGAAGGCAUCUACUUCUCCACCAACAACCAAUGGACGACCUUCAGGUGCUCCUUCAUCUUCUCUACUCGGACUCGGAGCUCCAUCUUCAUCAUCUUCUUCAACAGCUGCAAACGAUCCAACUCGCAACUAUUGGGGCUCACAGGCACUACCUGAGGCAAGACGAGCGGCAGCCAUGGACUUUAAAACACUUGAGGAUCUAGAGCGUAUCGAACGAGAGGAGGCUGAGAUAGCAGAGAUAGAAGCGAGGUUUGCUGCUUUAGAGGUUGCGGAGGAACUAGAGAGGAUGGAAAAGAGUAAAGAGAAUGUUGAAGGUUCCGAAUAUGCUGAGCAGACUUCAUCUACAUCUUCUAAAAAGAAUAAGUCAUGUAAAGGGCGAGGUGGUCGUGGAGCAGGCGGAUGUAAAGCUAAAGGAGGAAGUGGAGGAAAAAGCAAUGGGAAAGGGAAACAUCAAACUAGCAAUAGUAAAGGCGAGACUGCCAGUAGUGCGCGUCAAGAAGAAGAAGAUCAUGAGCCAAAGGCAAAGAUUAAAGGAGACGGGAAGGGCAAGAAAGGCAAUGGGAAGAAAGGAAAAGGCAAGAAAGGGAAAACGGACAAGGGGAAAGGUGUUGCUCAUGCUGAAGACACUGAGAACUGACUUUAUCAUCAUGUUCCUCCUCUCAAUACAUCAAGUACAGCGUUAGUAGCGUUAUAGAUACCUCAUUUCAUUAUGUUCGUGUUACUCAUUGAUGUCUGCCAACACGAAUUAUCAAUGGCAUCUCCGGCCCUUCGCUUACUCGGUCAUGUUUUGACUUUUUGAAACUCUUCCCAAACUCUCCUCUUUGUUUUCUUCAGCCCAAUCUCAUUCUCAUAUUUUUCAAACGCAGUUCUUAUUCUUUGAACAAAAUUUGAUGUUUAUGGCUUUCCCUAGCUGCU